AUGGAAACAAAUAUUGAUGAUUUAUCGUUUCAUCUGAGUGCACUAAAAACUACUUCAAGUGAAAUACCAAUACUCGAUAAUCGUGAACCAAUAUCAACUUUUAGUUUGCCAUCAAUGUCAUCAUGUCCAAUGGCAGCUGAUGGUUCUAAUCAUUUACUUGUUUAUCAUCAUCAUGCGUUAUUAUUAUUUCAUUUACCGAAAUUCGAACUCUUAUUUUCUAUAUCACUGAUUCCAUUUAUUGAAAAUCCAAUAUCUGAUAUAUGUUAUUAUUCAAUAUUAAAUUGUUUUCUUGUAUCAAGUUCAAAUACACUUUAUUCAUUGUCAUCCAGUCGACAGAUUGAUAUAAUUCAUAAAUUUUCAAAUACAAUUUGGUCAAUUACACAUACAUCGAACUACAUAUUUCUUUGUUAUUUAUUUGGUUUUUCAAUUGAACAAUGGGAAUUCAAUUCUAGCAACGGAACUUUAUUGAAUACAUGGCCAAAAGCUAAUUUAAUUGAAUCUUCAGACAUGGGCAUUAAUUGUAUUCGAGCUGUAAAUCAAUAUAUUGGUAUGACUAUUAAACAGAAUGAUUUUUCUUGGAGGAUUGAUUUAUUUGAUAUAUCAGCAAUGAAUCGACUACGUCGUGGUAGAACAAUUCAACAAGAAAAUAAUUUAAAAAAUUGGAUUGGAUUAUUAUAUCCAAUUGAUCAUUUUCGAUGGUUAUUUGCUGAUGGUGAUCAAGGGUUAUUUUUAAUUGAUCAAACUGAUCAACAAGAAUAUAAACAAAUUGAUAUCAAGAAACUAGCUUGUAAUAUUUGUUUGAUUAAGAAUAUAAACAGUAAAACAUAUUCUUCAAUCGUUAUUCAAUCAUAUGAAUCAUUGCAUUUAUACAAUUUGCAAUGA